ACAUCGAUUACGAGGGAUUUCGCAAAUUUCUCGACAGCUACCUCGAGGUAUCAACUCCCGACGAACUCUCGCGACAUCUUUUCUUGUCGUUCGUUAAGAAGACACCUCGAGUCGAUGGGAAAGCCUUCAAGGAGAUGGCCGUGCUGUCGUCGACGACCGCCUGUGCCGCCAUUACAUCCCACACAACGUCCAACAGCAACGUGAACAGCACAGGCUUACCUGGUGGAACAUCGACCGAUGGGCACGGUUCAUCCUUGGCUGAUAAAAUUCACGGUCUCACGGAGAAGUUGCAGGCAUUGGGACACCAUAGAACCGAAAGUGAAGCUUCCACCAGAGCUCGGACAGGAAGCGUCCAUCCUAUAUUGACGAUACAGCAUACGUCGUACAGCUGCCACGACGUGAUCGAGAAGAAGAGCACCGACAGCAGCCCCAGUCACAGCCAAAUGUCACGGAAUUCGUCCAGGAAGUCGAACAAUUCGCUGCUCGUCAACAACGGGAAAUUGGAAGAGAUGAGGAACUUCGUUAGGAAACAGAGCACGAUAGAUGUCCACUCGGUUAAAGUCAGCCUCAAGGAUAUCGUGUGCUACCUUUCCCUCCUGGAAGCUGGCAGGCCAGAAGAUAAAUUAGAGUUCAUGUUCCGGCUGUACGAUACAGACGGAAACGGCGUUCUUGACACAAACGAGAUGGACUGCAUUGUCAAUCAGAUGAUGAAUGUGGCUGAGUAUCUCGGAUGGGAUGUCUCCGAAUUGAAACCGAUACUGCAAGACAUGAUGCUGGAGAUAGACUACGACGCGGAUGGCACGGUAUCUCUGGAAGAGUGGAAAAGGGGUGGCCUGACGACGAUCCCGUUGCUGGUUCUUUUGGGCUUGGAUUCCCACGUAAAGGAAGAUGGUAACCACCUCUGGAGGCUAAAACACUUUAGCAAGCCUGCCUACUGCAAUCUCUGUUUGAAUAUGUUGGUCGGUCUCGGCAAGAAGGGUCUUUGUUGUGUUUUCUGCAAGUACACGGUUCAUGAAAGAUGCGUCCAAAGAGCGCCAGCCUCUUGCAUAGCCACCUACGUGAAAAGCAAAAAAACGUCGCAGACAAUGGCGCACCAUUGGGUGGAGGGGAAUUGUCAUGGCAAAUGCUUUAAAUGUAGAAAAACUAUCAAGAGUUACAACGGGAUCACGGGCUUGCACUGCAGGUGGUGUCAAUUGACACUGCAUAACAGAUGCGUUUCGCAAGUGAGGGCAGAAUGCACGCUGGGUGACUAUGCAGUCCAUAUCCUGCCACCUACGGCGAUUUGUCCGGUUGUCCUGGACAGGCAGAGAUCGUUGUCCAGGGAUAGCAAAAGGGGGAGCAAACACGGCCAGGAUUCGUCGACUGUUAGCUCGCAUAGUGGAUUCUUGACGUCUGGUACUGCAACCAAUCAACAGCCAGCCAUGUCCUUCCAAAUUACACCGCCGCCGGGUACUGUGCCCCUCCUGGUGUUCAUAAAUCCAAAAUCCGGAGGGAGGCAAGGUGAACGCAUGUUGAGGAAGUUCCAAUAUAUCUUGAACCCGCGCCAAGUUCAUAAUCUAGCCGUGGGCGGACCUAUGCAGGGUUUGCAAAUGUUCAAGGACGUGGAGAACUUUAAGGUGAUCUGCUGCGGCGGUGAUGGUACCGUUGGCUGGGUCUUAGAAACAAUGGAUCGCGUUCAGUUCGAGCACCAACCCGCCGUAGGUGUCAUACCAUUAGGUACCGGCAACGACCUUGCAAGGUGUUUGCGAUGGGGUGGUGGUUACGAAGGAGAGGCUAUCCACAAAGUACUCAAAAAAAUAGAGAAAUCGACAACUGUGAUGAUGGACCGCUGGCAAAUAGAAGUGCUCGAUCAGAAAGAUGAAAAGAAGCCAAAUCAAGACAGUAUUCCGUACAAUAUCAUUAACAAUUACUUCUCCGUGGGCGUGGACGCGGCGAUCUGCGUAAAGUUCCAUAUGGAAAGGGAAAAGAAUCCUGAGAAAUUCAAUAGCAGGAUGAAGAACAAACUUUGGUACUUCGAGUACGCGACCACGGAACAAUUUGCUGCCAGCUGUAAGAAUCUUCAUGAAGAUCUUGAGAUCAUUUGUGACGGAACUCCGUUAGAUUUAGCCCACGGACCUUCCCUCCAGGGUGUCGCGUUAUUAAACAUUCCUUUUACUCACGGCGGUUCCAAUCUCUGGGGUGAACACCAUACGAGACAUCGUCUUGGGAAACGGAAGAAACGACCAGACAAAGAACUCAGCACCAGCAGCUUUAAUUCGGUGGAUCUUACAGCCGCGAUACAAGAUAUUGGAGACAAUCUCAUAGAGGUGAUCGGUUUAGAGAACUGUUUGCACAUGGGCCAAGUGAAAACUGGACUUCGUCAUUCCGGUAGAAGAUUGGCUCAAUGCAGUAGCGUCACCAUCACCACCAGCAAACGUUUUCCAAUGCAAAUCGACGGUGAACCAUGGAUGCAGGGUCCAUGCACUAUUCAUAUAACACAUAAAAACCAAGUACCGAUGUUAAUGGCACCUCCGCCAGAGAAAGGUCGAGGAUUCUUUCGCUUCCUAAAGAGGUGAACUUCGAUGUUAUCAAACGAAAC